CACCCCUACCCGGGGGGUGGGGGGGGUGAAGUUACCCCCACCCCACGUGCGGCCUCUUUUUCCGGCUUCGUGACAUCCUGGGCGUGGUGCGGGCAGCAGCAGCAGCAGCGGGGCUCAGGGACCACACGACAGAGACCCCAACACCCAGCAGGGACAGGAUGGCGCACUGUGUGAGCAAGGUGGAGCUCAGCGUCUCGUGCGACAAUCUCCUGGACAAGGACGCGGGCUCCAAGUCGGACCCUCUGUGCGCCGUGCUCUUGGAAACGGGCGGAGCGUGGGUGGAGAUCGGGCGCACCGAGCGCAUCAACAACUGCCAGAGCCCCAGCUUCUCGCAGCGCAUCCCCCUCGACUACUACUUCGAGCAGGUGCAGAAGCUGCGCCUCACCGUCUACGACCUCGACAACGCCAGCGUGCAGCUGGCCGACGACGACUUCCUCGGAGCGGCCGAGUGCUCGCUGGGCCAGGUGGUGUCGAGUAAGAAAAUGACGGUUCCCCUGCUUCUGAAAAACGGGAAGCCGGCCGGAAAGGGAACCAUAACGGUCAUGGCAGAAGAGAUCAAGGACAACCGAGUGCUCACCAUGGAGGUGGAAGCGUCGAACCUUGACAAGAAGGACUUCAUGAGCAAGUCUGAUCCGUUCCUGGAAUUUUACAAACAAGGGCUCGACGGGAAGUGGCAGCUGGUUCACCGCACGGAGGUGGUGAAAAAUAACCUCAACCCGAAGUGGAAAACGUUCCAGAUAUCACUGCAGAGCCUUUGCAACGGUGAAUUGGAUCGACCCAUCAAGGUGGCGUGCAUGGACAUGGACGAGGAUGGCAGCUCGGACCUCAUCGGUGAGGCCGAGACGACGGCCACGGUGCUACUCAAAGCUCGCGACGGCGCGGUGGAGAUCGACUGCAUCAACCCACAGAAGAAGAAAAAGAGCAGCUACAAAAACUCGGGGAAGAUCCGCUUCCGAUCGGCCAAGGUGGAUGUCGCCUAUUCCUUCCUGGAUUACAUCAUGGGCGGCUGUCAGAUCAACUUCACGGUGGGGAUCGACUUCACGGGCUCCAACGGAGACCCGCGUUCCCCGGACUCGCUGCACUACCUCAGCCCCACGGGACUCAACGAGUAUCUGGAGGCCCUGUGGUCCGUGGGCAUGGUGGUGCAGGACUAUGACACGGACAAGAUGUUUCCUGCCUUUGGAUUUGGUGCUCAAAUCCCUCCAACCUUCCAGGUGUCGCACGAGUUUGCUCUCAACUUCAACCCCACCAACCCCUACUGCGUCGGCGUGCAGGGGAUCGUGGAAACGUACCGCAACUGCCUGCCGCAGAUACGCUUCUACGGCCCCACCAACUUCGCUCCCAUCAUCCAGCAGGUCGCCCGCUUUGCCGCCGCCGCCCAGCAGCUGCCCACAGCCACGCAAUACUUCGUGCUGCUCAUCGUGACGGACGGGGAGAUCACGGACAUGGCGGAGACGCGCGCGGCCAUCGUGGCCGCGUCUCGCCUGCCGCUGUCGCUCAUCAUCGUCGGCGUCGGCGCCGCCGAUUUUACCGCCAUGGAGGUGCUGGACGGAGACGGGGGGGGCCCCCUCCGCACCGUGGCGGGGGAGCCGGCCACACGUGACAUCGUCCAGUUCGUGCCCUACAAGCAGUUCAAGCAGAUGCCAAAGGAAGCACUGGCCCGGGCAGUUCUGGCCGAAAUUCCCCAGCAGCUGACCACGUACUUCAAGCAGCGCAACAUGGGUCCAGCCAACGUUCCUCGCACCUGAGGGCACACACACGCACACAGCAACAUACACACGUGGCACGCCACACAGCACGCAACACACACACACACCCACGGUGAAACACGCGCUCGCAGUCGCACACACUUGCGUACAACAUACACGUGCAUGCUUGAAUGUUUACUUACACACGUGCACUCACACAUGCACAAGCUGUUGUUGACAGCACGGAUGGCUGGGAGGGGAGUUCCAGACAACAGGGGACAGCAAAGGUUUACUGGGGACUUUGAUGGAAAGCCUCGCUUGCCAGAGCGGAGGGAGAGUUAGAUGAGAGGGCGAUGGUAGACAGGCGUGAGCUCAUUGGAGGAUGCUGAAGAUGGCGAGUGUGAUACUAUGUAGGUUCUAGUACGUAGCUUUAACGCACCCGUAUAGGCGCAUUUGUUUCGAUCCUUUCAGCACCCACAUAGGUGUGAGGGACACCUAGCUCGCCACCAAUGCGUCCUGGUUGAGGCUCCCAGAAAUGUGGCAGCUUUGGACAAGGGGACGAGGAGGUCCGAACGUUGUCUCGGCGAUGAAGAGACAGGGCCCCCCGUCCGUUGUCUGAACAGAGCGGCGCGCCGAUGUUUGUGGAAGAUUUUUUUUCCCCGCGCAGCCUGAUUGCUCCCUGUUGGUGAUAAACAUGGGAUCUGUCAAGCCAUUCAAAUAUUGAUUUGCAAAAGACGGUUGACCAUGUGCCGAAUAUUGAGUGAACCAUUUAUGGAUAACACCACAAAAAAUAUAUAUAGAAAAUAAUCGUAGGGAAUACUACUUUUUUUUCCACAGGCUCUAGAUAUCUUAAUUUCAGUACACUUAUUAAAUCUCUGAACAAUCUCCUUUGUAUAUCAUGGAGCCAUCACUUUCACAAUAUGGGGCUGCACUAUCGCGAGAUGUUAACUCCCUUACCUGGUAUGCAGGAGGUCGUGUGGAUUUUAUUCUCGGUCCUCUGGUUUUUCCCUAAACAUUUGGAAUCAACAUGCAUUUCGAUUAUUUAGCUACUAUACAGUUCCACAUCGUAAGCCACUUUGUUGUGCAAUCAUUUGUGGCCAGGUUGCUUCUAAGAAAGGGCUACUAUCUAGCUCCGUCGGCCUUGCCUGCUAAACUAGUUCAGUUUUUAGUUUACAAUAUGCACUCGCCUGUUGAUAAGAGAAUCGUUGGUCGUCAGAUAAUUUAUGGAAUAUCUACGAAUGGAUCAUCCUGUAGGUGUUAAAACUGUCACCGGGCGAGGCUGUGUUGGCCUUGGGAAUAACCCCCAUGUUUUGGAGGCAAAUGACUGUUCUCACGUUGCACCAGGGAGAUGUUGACAUUCCAGCAUGUAUGUAUGUAUGUUGAACUUCUUUUGCAACAUCCGUAGCCAACCGUGCUCAUCGGAGGUGUGGAGGAAGGACGACAAACUGAACACAAAAAGUAUAAGGGAAGCAUAUUCUUGGUUCUUUCGGUAAAGUCAAGUUUAUUAUUUUAUUGUUUCCCUUCAACGUGACUUUACCGAAAGAACCAAGAAUAUGAAUCACUGCAGUAACGAAAGCUUUACAUCAAAAGGGAAGCAUAGUUAAGUGUUUAACGUAGUUAUAUUUCCCCAUUACACGCAGCCCCGUCUCGUCGAGGGGGCUGAUUGAGGUUUGGCAUCCCCUCCUUUUAAAUUCGUAUUAUCAAAUAAAAAAAGGUCGUUACAUUCCCUUUCCCCAUACGUAAUGGGCGAGAGCUAUAUCAUCAAUACAAACAAAAGCAAAUCGUAACGUGACGCUCUGUUUAGUGUUUAAUAUUUGUUUACAGUUUGUUUAGCAUCGACUUCAGUUUGUAUAUGUCCCCCCCCCACCGUUAAGCAACCUCAGGCGAUGGAGUUGAUUGUCAGUUUAACACGUAGGUUUUCGCGACCAAUAUCCAUAAUACAGGUUUUUUUUUGGGUUAGAUCGCGUAAAUAUAUAGAUGUAUCGUCGGGUGGUGGCGGGUUUAUAUACACGAUCUAACCUAAAAAAAAACCUGUAUGGAGUUGUGUUCACACGUGUAUCGUAUUCUUAGGACUAUAGACACUUUCCGCCCAUUCUAUUGUGAAGCAAAAGUUGGGGAUGGAUCUUCUAAAUACGGUGGCUUUGUGCCAUGACCAGAUAUGUCUAACUUUAUUGACACCGUUCACAGGUUCGGGUUGCGUCUUACUUACUUUCUCGAGCGUCUUAUUGUACCCAGGUUUUGCAAUGGAGUUGCCACCUGUCCUGAUUUUUCCCAGGACGUCGUCUUUUCAGGGGUAGUGGGAAUUCUCCUGGGACAAUGAAAAGUCCCCAGUUUUUGUGAGUUUUGUAAUAAUGUACCACUCAAGACAUAGUUCUCUCCUGUUGUAGUCUUAUGAGAUGUUUUUCUUCCCAUGACAUGUCCAGUUUUUUGUACCUCGGAGCUGGCAACCGCAGUUGGUGUGAGAACUAAAACACGAACUCCUUUUUCUGGUCAUAAAAAUACAGGGACUCCUCUACUUAUGAACGAGUUGGGGGUUCCAGAGGUCUGUACGUAAGUCGAUUCGUUCGUAAGUCCAACUUUACUCCUGUCGAAUCCAUACACGUACGGCAUGUACACUAAACACGGGGAAUGGCUUUAAAAGUUGUAUAAUCUGUCGAUGUAGAUGCCACUGGUUCUUCACGUACUGCAGAUGUAGAUGCCACCACCGCCAUCUAUUGCGCGGGGCGGUUGAACUUACGACUCUCGGUCCGAACAGGCAACUGGACAUACGGACAGGUUUGUUCACAUCUCUGAACGUUUGUAAGUCGAAUGUUCGUAAUUAGAGGAGUCCCUGUAUUCCUAUUUGCCACUGACAUGAAAUACUUAGUGCGUAACAUUAGCCACUUCAUAUAUAGUGCACAUUGUACGAUUCAUUUUUUUUACACAAAUAAUUCCUUUGCAAACUGAAUACCCUACUGCUAGAGGUAAAUUAGUUUGCAUUAAGGAUAUAGGCUUUGUCGCAAGCAAACGCCUAUGAUUUCCUUCACUUCGGGGCUCAAGGUGAAAGGUAGUUGCAUGCUUAGUGAACAAUAAACGUAUCUUCAAACAGA